GAUGAUGUCACUCCUUACUUUACUUGAUUAAAUAAAUGCGGUUUGGGAUUUUGUCGGAGACCUAACUAGGAAAUCCAUCGCCGGGUACCAUAAAUUCAGGGUUCCAGUCAGAGGAUACCCAUGGCUGAUUCACUGUCGGAUCCCAAUGUUUUCAGCGUACGGAUUGUUUCGAUCGACUAUUACAUGGCUUCUCCCAUCCCUGCAUAUGAUAUUUGCUACAGCAGCUUUCAAGGUGGCCAAGUGAAGGAAGUCCCUGUUGUAAGGAUAUAUGGUUCCACACCUGCUGGUCAGAAGACUUGCUUGCACAUUCACCGUGCUUUACCAUAUUUCUAUAUACUAUGCUCCGAUAUUCCACUUGAUCAGCAUAACGGAGUUGAUGGAAUCAUACCUGCGGUAUCACUCGCGUUGGACAAGGCUCUAAAGCUUAAGGGCAGUGCUGCUUCAAAAAGGCAACAUGUUCAUGACUGUGAGAUUGUUAGAGCAAACAAGUUUUAUGGUUACCACUCAGCGGAGGAAGCAUUUCUGAAGAUUAAUCUCUACCAUCCACAAGAUGUGGCUCGCGCUGCCAGUCUUCUUCUGGCAGGUGCUAUUCUUGGUAAAAGUUUGCAACCUUACGAGUCUCAUAUUCCUUUUAUUCUCCAGUUUCUGGUUGACUAUAAUUUGUAUGGAAUGGGUCAUGUGCAUAUAUCAAAGAUGAAGUUCCGUAGUCCAGUGCCUCACCAUUUCCGUCCAAGGAAAUUUGAUUUGGAUGAUUGUGUGGGACAAGGGAUUGACGACGUGGCUAGACAAGGGAUUGACGACGUGGCUAGUACAAAGGUAGGUUCUAGUGCUACUCCAAACGUCAGUUUCCCUGUUUGGAGCUUGUCAACAAUCCCAGGUCAAUGGAUGUGGAAUCUCUCUGAAGAAUCUGAUACACUGUUGAGCCAGAGCCAGCAUAGUCACCAGUACAGACGACAGAGUGUCUGUGAACUUGAGGGAGAUGCUACUAUUAGUGAUAUUCUCAAUCAAAAACUUAAAAUGUACAACUCCCUCUCACAAGCCCAGUCUGAUACUAAGAUGGUUCAGUCGCUUGUGGCAAUUUGGGAGGAGGAGUAUGAAAGGACUGGCGUGCAUGAUGCACCUAUACCUCCUGAUCCUGGAAAACUUUCUGCAGCUGAUGUGCUUAAGACUAUGUCACAUUAUAUUGGGUUUGAGAAUAUGCUAAAAGAAAUGUAUCGCAAAAUUGGCAUGUCUUCGCCUGAUUUGAAGCCUACUGCAGUGUCUUCAGCCGUUUCAGAGAUGCAUGCCAAACCUGAAACUACGGAUCUGCAGGCUUUGAAUCAUAUGGUUGGUACACGGAGUGAUUUUUCUGCAUCAGAAAAGCUUUCUCCACUUGAUGAGAGGGGAGAAGCAUCACUGGAAAAUGAUGCAUAUAUGAAAACACCCACGGACAGAGAUGUACCUGCUAAAAUACAAGGUGCUGAAGCGUUGGGUCUCUUUAAGUGGUUUGCCUCAUCCCAGGCUGCAGAGGACAUAAACUCCGAUGAUGAAAUUCUUCGCGAAACAAUUCUUAGCCCUUUGGUUCCUUUAGCGUCCAUUAACAAGGUUCUUGAAAUGGCUAGUACAGAUUAUGUGAGCCAAUCCCAAAAGGAAUGUCAAGACAUUCUUGAUUCUCAGGGGGGUCAACUAGACUUCGGGAGUUCUACGAAAAGAGCUUUACAUACUAAUCUUGAUAGUCAAGAACCUGCACCUUCAUCAGACAAACAAUCUACUGACACGGAAGUCUCUAGUGAUGUUCCUAAUAUCUCAACUUCAGAUGCAUCAAACGAAAAUUUAUUGCAGAGAUACAAAAAGAGUGAUUUACAUAGUGAAGUGAUGGAGGAUAAGAAUACAAGCUUCUCUAGGAGUAACAAGUCUACCAAGUCUGUAUGGGGGCCUCUACCUGUAUCCGUGACAAAAAAUCUUCAUCAGGACUUUGACAAUACAAAUGCCAGCGCUAAGCUUGAUUUACCAAAUAUUAGUUCCGACCCCAUGAAUGAGAUGGACAAUUUUAAUGUUCCAGUCAAAGAACAUCAAGCAGAUGUUUGUAACACAAUCGAAGAAAGCGUUUUGGCUGGAUAUUCUCUGCGUGACUUGAUGAGGAAAAAACGUGUGGUCCUUGGGGACUCGCCUGGUUCACAACAUAAGAAGUUUAGGAAGGUUCUACCACUGACCACAGUGACUAGAGACUCCGGGGAUGGGAAGAAAAAGGAGUGCAUGGCUAUCUUGAGAUCUGAGGACAAGAAACCACGUCCUGCUCUUUCUGCAGAAGUUAGUGAACGUUACUUUGGCGAUGCUCAUCAAAAUUUAUCUCCAACAGAUGCAGAAAAUUGUGAGUUUAAUAUAUCCACUCAGUCAUCUGAACUUCAAUCUGUUGAUAGAUGUUCGGCUAAAGAGACAGCAGGUCAAGACAGUGAUGAACCUUCGAGGAAAUUUUCAUCUGCCAAUGUUCCACUUGGUAAGGAUUCACAAACUGUGGAAUCGGGAAUCUUGGUGUCUAGCAAUAAGCUUGUUGGGGUUGAUAUAAAUAAUGUCCAAAAAUCUGGGGAUGAGCAAGAGUCAACUGUCAAUGUAACUGUUGAGACAGGUAGAUUAAUAUGCCUAACCUUAAGCAAGAAGCCUUCUUCACUUGAUUGCCUAAGUGCUGGACUGCAGGAUUCUACACGUGAUGGAUAUGAGGGGAAUUCCAAGGAGAUCCCAUUUUUUUCCUUGGAGGACACCGAAGACAACGAAAAGAAACACAUUUUCCAAGGAGCUUCUCCUGGUAUUCCCUUGCAUCAUCUCAGUGACGGCUCAAACCUAUACCUAAUGACCCCUGCCUUUUCACCCCCUCCUUUGGAUUCUGUUUCACAAUGGAUAUCGAAUAACACAGGUCUAGGGGACUCUAAUAUUGAUUCAGAAAAACAACCACUAGGAGAGGAUCAUAUUGAUUGCAGGACAGGUUUCACUGCAUCUAAUGUGAUGUCUGUGUCUGAGCACGUGGAGCAGUAUGAUAACGUUUCUGUGAAUUCAGAAUCAAAUGCUUACACGGAGUCUGAGAUAAAUCUGAAAGGAAAAGGAAAGUUUCUUAACCUUAAUUUGCAGACCACUGGUUCACAAGAGCUGUCUCAGAUUUCUGGUCCUGAUGGGAAAUCAGGGCCUACUCCCUUAAGUCAAAUUGGAUUCCGAGAUCCUGCUAGCAUGGGGGCUGGGCAACAGCUAACAGUGCUGAGUAUAGAGGUUCAUGCAGAGUCUAGAGGGGACCUUCGACCUGAUCCACGAUUUGACUCUGUGAAUGUCAUAGCUCUCGUUGUGCAGAAUGAUGAUAAUAUUGCAGCUGAAGUAUUCGUACUUUUAUUUAGUCCAGAUAUCAUUUCUCAGAGAAAUGUUGAUGGCCUAUCUGGAUGCAAGUUGUGCUUCUUCCUUGAAGAGAAGAAACUAUUCAGUUAUUUUACUGAGACUGUAUGUAAAUGGGAUCCAGAUAUUCUUGUGGGCUGGGAUAUACAGGGUGGAUCCCUUGGUUUUCUAGCUGAAAGGGCUGCACAGCUUGGUAUAAGAUUUCUUGAUAAUAUAUCUAGGACACCAUCUCCAACCACGAGAAAUGAUUCAGAUAAUGUGAAAAAUUUUGGUAGUAGUCUGCAGCCAAAUCGGUUGGAAGCCGGUCCUGAUCAAGUGGAAGAAGUGGUGAUUGAGGACGAAUGGGGCCGCACACAUGCUAGUGGUGUUCAUGUUGGAGGUAGAAUUGUUCUCAAUGCAUGGCGUUUGAUCCGUGGGGAGGUGAAACUCAACAUGUACACUAUUGAAGCUGUGUCGGAGGCUGUUUUGCGACAGAAGAUUCCAUCAAUCCCCUAUGAAGUAUUGACACAGUGGUUCUCAAGCGGUCCUGCACGUGCAAGAUAUCGAUGCAUAGAGUAUGUGAUACUCCGAGCAAAUUUGACGCUUGAGAUAAUGAGCCAACUUGACAUGAUAAAUCGCACGUCAGAGCUUGCUCGUGUUUUUGGCAUCGACUUUUUCUCAGUUCUCUCCCGAGGUUCCCAGUACAGAGUGGAAUCCAUGCUUCUGAGAUUAGCACACACACAAAAUUAUCUUGCUAUUUCUCCAGGAAACCAACAGGUUGCUUCUCAGCCAGCUAUGCAGUGUGUACCUCUUGUGAUGGAACCAGAAUCUGCCUUCUACGAUGAUCCUGUUAUUGUGUUGGACUUUCAAUCUCUUUACCCUUCUAUGAUUAUAGCAUAUAAUCUGUGCUUUUGUACAUGCCUCGGAAAACCUGCACAUUUGAAGACGAACACCCUUGGGGUCAGCUCAUACUCUCUAGAUCUUGAUGUUCUUCGGGAUUUUAAUCAGAUCCUGCAGACCCCAAACAGUGUUAUGUACGUGCCACCAGAGGUUCGCAGAGGAAUACUGCCAAGGCUGCUGGAGGAAAUUCUAUCUACAAGAAUAAUGGUGAAAAAAGCAAUGAAAAAUUUGACUCCUUCAGAAGCAGUGCUUGGUCGGAUAUUUAAUGCGAGGCAGCUUGCUUUAAAGCUGAUAGCAAAUGUGACAUAUGGCUAUGCUGCUGCUGGCUUCAGUGGUCGAAUGCCUUGUGCGGAGCUGGCAGAUAGUAUCGUGCAGUGUGGUCGUAGCACACUUGAGAAGGCUAUUUCGUUCGUCAAUGCCAAUGAGAAUUGGAACGCUAGAGUUGUAUAUGGCGACACAGAUAGUAUGUUUGUCCUCCUCAAAGGACGAACAGUUAAAGAAGCUUUUGAAGUCGGACAAGAGAUUGCAUCUGGAAUCACUGAAAUGAAUCCGUACCCAGUCACUCUAAAGAUGGAGAAAGUCUAUCAACCUUGUUUCCUUCUUACGAAGAAGCGCUACGUUGGGUACAGUUAUGAGAGUCCCGAUCAGAACAAGCCUACAUUUGAUGCAAAAGGUAUUGAAACGGUUCGAAGAGACACUUGUGAAGCUGUUACAAAAACUAUGGAGCAGUCAUUGAGACUCUUCUUUGAAAAGAAGGACAUCUCUAUGGUUAAGUCGUACUUGUAUAGACAGUGGAAACGUAUACUACAAGGGAGAAUGUCUCUUCAAGAUUUUGUCUUUGCAAAAGAAGUUCGGUUGGGGACUUAUAGCACAAGCGACUCUUCACUCCUUCCUCCAGCAGCUAUUGUGGCAACCAAAGCAAUGAGAGCAGACCCUCGGACAGAGCCACGCUAUGCUGAACGAGUGCCUUAUGUUGUGAUCCAUGGGGAGCCAGGAGCUCGACUUGUUGAUAUGGUGGUGGACCCACUGGUUCUUUUCGACAUCGAUUCGCCUUACCGAUUAAAUGACUUAUACUACAUCAACAAACAAAUUAUACCAGCUUUGCAAAGGGUGUUUGGGCUUGUAGGUGCAGACUUAAACCAAUGGUUUUUGGAGAUGCCACGUCCCACCAGAAGCUCCCUUGGUCAACGUCCCUUAAACUCUAGAAACUCGCACAAAACUAGAAUUGAUUAUUUUUAUCUCUCAAAACACUGCCUCUUGUGUGGGGAAGUUGUUCAGGAAUCUGCUCAGCUAUGCAAUCGGUGCCUAAAAAAUGGUGGUGCUGCUGCAACCAUUGCUUGGAAGACUUCAAAAUUGGAGAGAGAGAUGCAACACUUAGCCACGAUAUGCAGACACUGUGGUGGUGGAGACUGGGUGGUGCAAUGUGGAGUGAAAUGCAAUUCCCUUGCGUGCUCAGUCUUUUACGAGAGGCGGAAAGUUCAGAAGGAGCUUCGUGGACUCUCAUCCAUUGCUACUGAGAGUGAGCUUUACCCUAAAUGCAUGGCUGAGUGGUUCUGACUUUGUCGCAUGAGUUGAGGUAUUUUACUAGGGUCGUUCAGCACCUCGGGGUUUUUUUUUUUGUUUUUUUGCACCACGAAGUUGGGUUCUUAUAGUUUAUAUGUUGUGAUCAAAGAAGCAUUUUCGUAAAGACUUGUGGACAUGAAUGUAUAGGUAGCCCUGUCACAGUACAGAACACCCGCUCACCACUUUGUUCAUUGAGCAAUGUAAAUCUGUGUUGUGCAAGUCCUGAGCCUUGUUCGGAAUUGCCCUAAGCGCACUGCAUGCAGCACACUUUGGUCAAUGAGUUAAUAGAAAAUGAGGAAAAAAUUAAUUCGAAGAUAUUUUUUAAACUCAGG